GAAAAACCAGUACAUCGAAUCAACUCCACCUUCAGUUUCAGGUAAAAAUGGUUUCAUUAAGAGAACUCACAGAGCAACGAGGUAACUAGGGCAGAGAAGGGGAAGAGGAAGGGGUAUUGUCAGUGGAGCCUAUCACAAUGAUAGUGCCGCCGGAGUUGCAGGAUGUGCCGGAAACAGUGGCGUCUGAGAGCAGCGCCAGUUCCAGCGCCAGCGACAAUGGUGGCGACCACCCUAGUGCAUCGUCCAGCAGCUCGUCUACUGAACACACGCCAAGCCGCGAGGAGGGGGUAGGGGAUGUUGCGCCAAAGGACCUGCCCGCCGGAUUCAAGUUCAAGGCUGCACUUCACCACGAAGUAGCAGAUUGUGCGCCCUCCAUAAGCGGGUAUAAAAGGCUGGAGGAGAUGGUGAGGGCGUACCACAUCCCCCAGACCAUACUGCUGCGGACGGGCGCGCAGAACGAAAGGGCCUGCACAGUGUCACCGACGGGCUGGAUACCAGUGUAUGCGGACCACUUCGAUGCCGGACUACGGUUUCCUCUGCCCGGCUUGAUAUUCGAUCUGCUCGCAGAAUACGAGCUGGCGUUGACGCAACUAACGUCCAACAGCAUAAGGUUCAUUAUUGGCUUUAUGCUGUUGUGUGCGCGACUAGAGGUACCAGCCAAAGCGAUAGUGUUCAGAUCGCUAUUCCAGUGCCGGCUGUGUCCGAACUCACAAGGAGCGAGGUGGUAUUACCUCUCUGGGAGGGACAAGAGCCAGCUCUUCAAAAAUGUGAGGAACAAGGUGGCAAGGUGGAAGAAGCAAUUUAUUUUUGUUCGCGACACGCGAGCAGAAAGGAUAAGCAACGACCUCGCUGUCCGGCUGUCUGAGUGGCGCACACCAAACGCCCACAUCAACUACCCCCAGCUGCUGCCCCGGGAUGUCGAUCUGAAGAACCAGUUGCUUCAGUAUGCGCAGGGGGAGGGUCUCAUAGAUUUGGAAGCCCUGGUUACCUCGGAGCAGCUCGCCCUGUUCGGGUUUGUCGAUGUGACAAACCUGUUCAGCGAAGGUAUAUUUUUAUCAUGUAACUUAGAUUCUAGCCGAGCUGAGGCUUAUGCAUUUUUUUGUGCAGGAGAAAUGAACAGCAUCCUAGAGCUCCAACGACAACGUGCCCAAGCCUCACGAGGUCGCGGGGGUAGCAGCGGGCAACCCAGGCAGACGCGAUUUGACGAGCGGCCACCCCCAGCGCCUCAGUCACGUGGCUCGUCACACAGGGGAUCCAGCUCGUCGACAAGGCCGCGAGCAGGUCACAGAGUUGAGGUUGCAGCCCCGGGUGCACGCAGACGUGCACGGGAGGAGACAGAGAGCGAGGAGGACGAGGUCCCCCUUGCUAGGCGCGUAAGAAGUGGGGGGACUCAGCCCGCGCAGGCGGCUCGCCCUACAAUGGUGCGUUCGCCCAACGCACCGUCAGCGACUGUGCGUGCAGCAGUGGAGCCCGCCACUGCAUCUGCCUCGAUGGGCCCCAGGAUUGCUUAUCCUGAGGGCUUCACUUAUGUGCGGGCAGAAUUGCAGCCUGCCAUGGUGCAGGCUAUGCAGAGUUUUGUGCCCCCUUUUGACAAUAAGCGGGCCAAAGCCUUUGUGCAACAGCAUGGCGGUCAGGUCGCCAUGAUUAAGUUGAUGGAUGUAAACGCAGUGGCGGUGGCGUCUGCUAACAUGACCACGGAGAUCUACAACGAGAUCCGUGGUAAGGUGCUGCACCACCGCCCUGACUUCCCCAUCCGCGAGCUGGCGUUCUUCGAUGGGGAAGAUAUCGACGAGCAGGGUAAGAGCCUUGCUCCCCUGGCCGACACGACGGUGCGGUUGAGAUGGGAUCUCAACGAGGAGGAGGUUCUCGUCUGGCCUCCCUCUGUUGUAGAAGAGGGGGAGGACCCUGCGGGGCUGCCUUCCUUCGACGGAUGGGUGGAAGGGGUUCCUGUUGCUGAGCAGGAGCCAUCCAGUACUCCACCCGACUCUCAGCCCGUCGAGGUGCCAGCUCGAUCUCCCGUUACGGCACCAGCUUCCGAGGUCGCUGCUCGCUCGCCACCAAGUCGCUCCUCUCCGCCUGCAGCUGACGCGUCAAUGCCCGUCGACUUGACAGAUGAUUAGACUUAGGACUUUUUCUUUUAUUCUGUUGUAUUUUCUUUUGCAUUUUGUAUUUGAUCAAUGAAUUCGUAGCAUGUAUCUUCAAUGUAAAUGCCUUUGAUGAAAUACAAAAUGAACUUUUCU